UUAACCCAGUACAAAAAUACUCCUGGCACUUCCAUUUCCUCCUCACUUUCCUUUUUUCCACCCCUUGCUUUUUUAAAACCCUGACCCCAGAAAACGCAUCUUAAUUUACAUGUGUAUCUGUAUAUGCGAAGGAUUAGUACCUCUCUUUCUUGUUUCCUAGGGUUCUCACUUCUUUUUUUUCUUCUUUUAUCUGUUGGGAUUUCGAGGCUUCGAGCUCAAGUUUGAUCAAUCAGGAAUUUUGUUACUGAAGUUAUUACUACUUUCCAAGGACGAAGCAAGCGAUUGACUUUUGUUAAGUAAUCGGGGAGCAAGGUAUAGUGAUUAGCCAAGUCUGGUAAAGAAACCUUUUUUUUUUGUUAUCUGAGCUCUGAGUCAUAGCUUUUUGAAUAUGGAAUUAAAUGAAGUGGUGGGAAUUGGGUUUUCCGCGUUUUAAUUCGAGAAGGGUGGUAUCUGGUUAUAGAUAUUGAGAGGUGGUGGUUCCGGGUUUUUUGGCGAGGUAAUUUGAGGAGGUAGAAUUCAAUUCGUGAAUCACGGUUGCGUUGUGAAUUCAUCUGGGUAUGGAUAUUGAGUUGGUGAUGGGGGGGUUGAAAUAAGGCACCCGGUUCUAAUUUGAGAGGGUAGUACUGAGUUCUUGAAUCACGGUUGCCUUGUAAAUGCUAUCUGGGUAUGGAUGUUUUUGUGAGGACUUGAGGGAGGGUUGAAAUGAGGUGUUUGGUUGUAAUUUGAGGGUUGCAACAUGAGUUGUAGUGAAAAGAACAGAGGAAGUGAAGACGGGGAAUAUGAGAAGCGGGUUGUAAACAAGUCGGUUGGGGGUAAAGCUGGGUCGGUUUCAACGAAUGGAUCGAUCGCAGACCAACAAUUUGUGAUUGAUGAGAGUUUGCUGGUUGACCCCAAGUUACUGUUUAUUGGAUCCAAAAUCGGCGAGGGAGCACAUGGGAAAGUUUUCGAAGGAAGGUAUGGUGACAGAAUUGUUGCCAUAAAAGUUCUCCAUCGUGGUGAUACUUCAGAAGAAAGAACUGCACUUGAAAGUCGAUUUGCCAGGGAAGUUAUGAUGAUGGCAAGGGUGAAGCAUGAGAACCUAGUCACGUUUAUUGGGGCUUGUAAGGAGCCUUUGAUGGUGAUAGUUACGGAGCUUUUACCUGGAAUGUCGCUUCGGAAGUACUUGGCCAGCAUUCGUCCUAAGCAACUUGACCUCCACAUGGCAAUUAAGUUUGCUCUUGACAUUGCUCGAGCCAUGGAUUGUCUACAUGCCAAUGGGAUUAUCCACAGAGAUCUAAAACCUGACAAUUUGCUGCUUACGGCCGAUCAGAAGUCUGUGAAACUCGCAGAUUUUGGUCUUGCAAGGGAAGAAUCUGUAGCUGAGAUGAUGACUGCUGAAACUGGAACAUACCGUUGGAUGGCUCCUGAGUUGUAUAGCACUGUGACAUUGCGCCAGGGGGAAAAGAAGCAUUACAACAACAAGGUUGAUGUUUAUAGCUUUGGCAUUGUCUUAUGGGAAUUGUUAACCAACCGAAUGCCAUUUGAAGGCAUGUCCAAUUUGCAGGCUGCUUAUGCUGCUGCCUUCAAGCAAGAGAGGCCUGGUCUGCCAGAGGAUAUAUCCCCCGAUCUUGCAUUCAUCAUACAAUCGUGUUGGGUUGAGGAUCCCAAUAUGCGGCCCAGUUUCAGCCAGAUCAUACGCCUGCUCAACACGUUUCUCUUCACGUUGGCCCCACCCUCACCAUCCUCAGCUGAAUCUGAUGUCACCGAGGCUUCUGUCUCAAGUAAUGGUACCAUGAGCGCGUUAUCUGCGCGGUCUAGAGGUAAAUUUGGUUUCCUUCGCCAGCUUUUCGCUGCGAAGAGGGCUAGGAAUUCACAAUGAGCUUUGCACAUUUUGAAAAGUUUUUGUGCAUGUUUUGUGGAAAGCUGGCAAUAGGAGAUAUUUAUUUAUGUAAAUGAAGUAGUGAUUGAUGACCUUAAUCACAGUGAUAAGUACAAACGAUGAAACCGUCAAAAAGAACAUGUAACUCAAUGGACUCGUUGCUAAUAAAUAACGAUACAAAGGCUUAACAUCAAUGGGUGACCUAGUUUUUAAGGAGAUACUUAAGUAGUGAAGUUAUCUAGUUCUGGAGCUCUAAUGCUGCAGUUAAUUGAUUUCA